AUUACUUUGACAUAAUAAAUAACAUUUUGAGAGGAUUUUACAAUGUUUUUGCAUUAUAAUAAUCGACCAUUAUUAUGGGUUUAAGUAAUAAAAGUCAUGGAAGGAAAUCGGAUAAGGAAACUCAGUCGCCAAUGUUGAAAAUUUUCAAGGAUAUUAUGCAAAAGGAGAAGACGGAUCCCGAAAAAACUAACUUACUGAAAAGUGCCAGAAACAAACUGAGGGAGAAAAAGCGGAAAUACUACUCGGAUUCAAGGCCAAAGACUGAUAAUUAUAGAUCGUAUGACUCUAGUAGUACUGACAGAGGUACUCAUAAAACUAACAAGCAUGGUAAAAUCACAGUGCAAAAUAUACAAGAGGCUAAAAACGAAAAUCCUAGCCGUGACAGAUCUGGCAGUUCGGCUUUUGCUGAUGGUAGAAGAGAGAGUUGGCGGUUUUGGAAAGACAAUAAGUUUACAUCUAAAAAUAAAUCCGAUGACACUUGCUCAUGCGUUUCUUGCGCUGUAAAGAAGUUUUGCAGUUCAGAAUACACAUGCGUAGCGUGUCUUCUUAUACUCUUCUCAGUUUCGGUGACGGUAGCCUUCCUCAUGGUCUUCAAGACCAUGCCUUCUAUGGAAGAGGUGACGGAGAAGGCUAUCCAUUCGGAGAAUUUGAAGAAGAAGAUUCAGAUGCUUAAGGAGAAGCGGCAGUUGACUGAGAGUUAUGGAUACGAAUUUACGGAGAAAAGUAAAUGGGACGAUUCGUUGAACCCUGUUGGCAGUUAUUCUAAUAUUUUGGGCUCUGAGUAUACCGGAAAUAGUUACAAAGGAUCGAAUAUCAUGGAUGACUUAGAAACUGGUAUGAGUGAAGACCUGGCAAGCAUUUUGGAUAACGAGAAAAGGGUGGAAGGUCAAAAUAAUCAAAGGUUAAAAGAUUUUUUCAAAAAACUCAUACAAACCGACGUACAAAUCAGAAAACUUAAACAAUCAAUCAACAAUAACUACCAAAUUGAUAAUUUGAAGCCUAUUACGGACAGAUUCAAACGAUCAGUCAAAAUGAUAAAAGGCAAACAUCGUUUUAGACCUUUUGGUAAAACGACAGUAACUAUGCAAACCAAAAUGAAUACCAGUAAAGAAACAGUGGUGAAAUCUAAAAAAGAUGAUAAAAGAUCUGUAACAGAUAACAAUGUAGGUUUAACUGGUUAUGUCAUUGAAUCUAAAGAAGUAGUGAUACGGUACGAUACAGAUAAGAAAAGGAAAUUCCCUAAAUGCUCUCAUGUGCAUGAGGAAAAAUCUCAUGAGAAAAAAUUAAAACAUCCGUAUUACAAACACAGUCAAAGAGUUGACGAAAUGCUUGAAACAUACAAGAAACCUGAUGAUACAACUGAGAAUUUUGAUGUUAUUUAUGACAUAACUGAGAGUUUGAAGACAAAACCUGAUAGUGAUAAAGAUAAUGAUGAAAGUGUAACUAAAUUAAUCACGAAAAUAGCUAAACCUAAAACUAAUGGCAAAAAUGAUGAUGAAAAAAGUUUUAUAAUAGCGAAAACUGAAUCUUAUGAUCGCGAAAACAGUAAAAUGAAUGAUUAUGAAAAGAGAAAUGAAGACCAGUUACACUAUCGUAGAUUUAACGAUGAGAGUGAUGGUUUGACUCAUCGUCACCAUCAUCUUACAACUACUACUACAACUUCUUCAACAGUCAAGGAUAUGACAGAUGGUGAUACAAGUGAUACGUCUAGUGAUUUUGAUUAUAAUAUGGAAAAGUUUCUGUCAACUGCGCCAUUGUAUGACCUUGCUUUGAGCGUAUCCACUUUUAUAAAUCCUACAAACAGAGAAGUGUUAAGGUCAAAGUUACCAAGAAAUCAACAUUUGGGUCAAAGAAAUUUAUUACAAGUCAAUGAAGAAGACGAAGAAAAAGAAGAUUUAAUUUACGAUGACCUCAAGGAAGUACUGACUGAUGAUAGAGAGGGACACGACGAUAUGGACAGACAUGGAGAAAGGAAGAAGAGAGAUUAUGAAGAAAAGAUAGCUAUACCAGAAGAUUUCAAUCAAAAUAAACACAGUGUUUUGAAUGUAAUAAAUCCAAAUUGGAAAGGGCCAAUGCCUCUAUACCCGGAUGAACUAAAUGCUAUGAUAAAACAGGCGGCAUUGCAAAAUGUAUAUAUGUAUGCACCUUUGAAUACAAGGGAUAGCAAAGUGAAAAGGAAUAUAGAUGAAAAAGUCAGUGCCAUGAGUGACACCCAAUAUAUUGAAGAUUAUACCAACAAGAAGUAUGAUAAGUUAGCUAAAAUGGCUCAAGCGUAUAGCGAUUAUGGAGUACUUUACAACAAAGGAAAUACGAAUUUUAAUGAUAAAGGAAUGAAAUCAUCGUAUAUGAAAAGGUUUAAGAAACUUUUUAAUAGACAAACCCCUCUCGGAAGAUAUGUAAAAGGUUUAACACAUGACACGGAAGGUUUCAGAUUUGAAAUAAAAGAUGGGAGUGCAUCAAAUAAUAAAGAAUUCGGUGAAGGUUUUCAAAAACAUUUCAAAUUCAGUGAAAACUCUUACGGAGACUAUAGCACUACUCUUAUUCCUAUAUACAAUAUGAAUUAUGAAUAUGACAAAUUAUACACACCUGCAUAUUUACUGAACACCAGUAUAGAUUUAUUGAAAACUACUAAUCAUGAUCAAAGUUUAAUUUUGACUUUUAAAAAAGGAGAUGGUCUAAGGACACUUAAAUCUAUUGAUAUGACGUACGAAGAUAAUGAUAAAGAUAUAAAUGAAGCGAUCGAAUUAAAUCUGAAUGAAGUUAAAGAUGCAAUAAAUGAAGUUAUGAAUCUUACUAACUUUAACGUUAUAACUGGUGAAGUUAAUGAUGUAAUAAAUGAAGAUACUACACUUAAUUCACAUGAAGUUGAUGAUAAAAUAAACGCAACUAACUUUCAAAAUCUAAGUGAAGAUGGUGACAUAGUUAAUGAAACCCUUGCAUUUAAUCUAACUACAGAGAAUAAUAAUGAUAUAAUAAACGAACCCAGUGCAAAUGAAGUUAGCAAUAAAAUACAUGGAAUUUAUGCAUUUAAUGCAGCAAAUAAUAAAAUCCCAAAUGAAAAUUCAAGUGAUUUUACUAUAAGAAAGAGUUUAAGGGUACUUAAAUCUAUAGAUUUACCAGAUGGUGUUAUUAUUGACGGAAUUUUUAAAAAUAACGCAAUCAAAGUAACUAAAACGAAUGUCACAAAGAAAAAUGAAACCUCUACUUACGAUGAUCAAGUUAAUAAAACAAUAUCUGAAGCUAAUACAUUAAAUUUAAAUACAUUUGUCGAAAAAAAUUAUGAAGUAAGUACACAGAAUUUAACCAAAACGAGUGAAAGUAAAAGAAAUUUUAACAAUACAAGAGAUGGUAUUAUAAGUUUUAUCUCAAUGAUGUCAGACUGGUUUCGAACAAUGACGAGCUUAUCUGGAGCAAUUAAGAAAGAACUUAAGGAUGAAUCUAAAGGAAAUAACAAUUCUAAAUCUAACGUAACCAUGCUAAGUACAAAGAAGAAAAGUUUAGAAGAGAACAUAACAAAAGACGUUUUAUAUCCGUCAUACGAUGUUGAAAUGGUUGACAACAUUGGUCAUAGAUCAAGAGUUUUACUUUCAUUCGAUGAUAAGACAACUGUACAAGAUAAACUUGUAAAGAAAAACAUUUCUAAAUCUAAUACUGAAAAGGCUGUGACUUCAGAAAUAAAUGAAGUACUACCAAUUGCUCUUGUCUUAGCAACCAAUGAUACAAACAAAACAAAUAAAACUGUAAAGAAAAGAAAUGUAGAUAAAAAUUUAGUAUUUUGGAACGAUUUAUACGAUGACGACGAAUACGGAGUCAAAGUUGAUUACAUGGAUAAUGUUCGAGACAAACAUUCAGUGAAGAAGGUUAAAAAUAUUCUAAACAAGUCAAAAGACUGGUUGGCAAACAAAUGUAGUAAUGUUAAAAAUAAGUUGAGGAGAAAAUCCAAAACUACUAAGAAAAAAACUACUAAUAUUCCAACAGACAAGAUAUCAGAAAAAUUAUGCAACAGCACGUGCAAGCCUCCAGAAGUUAUAAAAGAACGAUUUGUGAGAAAUAGUGAUAUCAAUGAUAAGAAGAGCAUAAAGAAAAGUUUCGCUGAAUUGAACGCUAACAUGAAGAAAGUUUGCCAAGAAGCUGCCAAGGCUAUUCAAGAUACAAAGAAUAUUGAAGCGAGAGAAAACAGCAAAGAAAACGAAGCAGCCACAUCUCUUAUGCAAAAUCUAGUGCGAAUGAUGUCAGAACUUGUUGACAUCCAGGUCCAGCAGAAGACUUGCGCAAAACUACCGUCAGAUCUGUACAAUUUCCUGGAAUGGCUGACUGCGCCGAAUGAUGAUAAGGUUCAAGGUGAUGAGUGGCGCCCGGUUGCGUAUGAUUACAAUGACGCAAUCCGAUAUGUGAAGUCUACGGAACCUUUCGAAUACCCAACAACAUUGACUGAGGAUACCCACCAGGAUGACAGAACUGAAUGUUUGGGCACAAUCCGUGCUGUACAAGACCUGAUACAGCAGUAUGAGGGUAUGACUGAUGAAGACAAGAGUAAAAUGACUGGAGUCAAAGAAUAUCUAGAAAACCAACUGCUCUUCCUCAACAAUAAACUGAAUUACUUGUAUGAUCCAAACCUCUUCAAAUUGUAUGAAAAAAGAGAGCUUCAGCGUAAAAGAAGAGAUACCAGUACUAAGAAGCAAGACAAAGAAAAAGUUUCUACUGAAACCGUCAAAUCAGAUGGAAUGAAAAAGACGGGGCGAUAAUAAUAAUUAAAAAAAAUCUCGAAGUCAUUGAUUGUAAGUAUAGACCUAAUUAAUUGUAUCAAUU